AAAUUGAAUGAAUCAAUUUUUUAACCUUGCAUUAUCAUUAUCAUCAAACAUUGUCAACAAAAACAUUAUCCAUUAUGACUAAAGCAUAUGAAUUUAAUUGGUGUAGAUCAGUUCCUAGUGAAUUACUUAAUGGUAACACGUUCGACGUCUGGGAGGAAGUUUUUAUAGGAUCAAAGGAAAAAGGAGAAAUAAUCUACGAACAAGAUGCAUUGGUACAGGUCGACAAAUUUGGCUUUUUUAUUUAUUGGAAAUCCGAAGGAAAAGAAGGACAAGUUUUAGAAUUAUGUCAAGUGAAUGACAUUCGUGCCGGUGGAGUUCCAAAGGACAUCAGACUACUAGCUGAAUUACAAAAUCGAUACAAGUAUAAUCUUGAAGAGAUUUCAUUAACAAUCUGCAGUGGAACUGAUAUGGUCAACAUUAACUAUACGCACAUUGUUGGACCAAAUCCAGAAAUAGCAAAAAUUUGGCAAUUAGGAUUACGAUCCAUAACGAAUAAUAAUAAAGCAAAUAAUGUUUGUCCGAUGAUUUGUUUAAAAAAACACUGGAUGAAAUUGGGUUUUCUAAGUGAUUCCAAUGGCGAAAUACCAGUUAAAAGUGUGGCUAAAACUUUUGCAUCGGGCAAAACGGAAAAAUAUGUUUACCAAUGCAUGAAAGAAGUAAAUUUACCAUUUGAAAAGAAUGAUACGAUUCAUCCGGAUGAUUGGACAUUUGAAAAAUUCUAUCAACUUUAUCAUAAAAUUUGUCCUCGAAGUGAUAUUGAAGAAUUGUUCCAUUCAAUAACGCAAGGAAAAUCUAACUACAUCAAUGCAAAACAAUUGAUCGAAUUCCUUAACGAGAGACAACGUGAUCCUCGACUAAAUGAAAUAUUAUAUCCAAUUUAUGAUGAAAAACGAGCCUUAGAAAUUAUGGCCACAUAUGAACAGAAUCCGGACCUAACCAAACAAGGUCUACUCUCUCAAGAUGGCCUAAUUCGUUAUCUAAUGUCAAAUGAGAAUGCGCCCGUAUUCUUAGACAGGCUGGAUGUAUACAUGGAUAUGGACCAAUCAUUAUCACACUAUUAUUGUAAUUCUAGUCAUAACACAUAUUUGACAGGAAGACAAUUUGGUGGGAAAUCAUCAGUAGAAAUGUAUCGACAAGUUUUAUUGGCUGGAUGUCGUUGUGUUGAACUUGAUUGUUGGGAUGGUAAAGGAGAAGAUCAAGAGCCAAUCAUCACUCACGGAAAAGCAAUGUGCACGGAUAUUUUAUUCAAAGAUGUUAUCUAUGCCAUUCGUGAUUGUGCAUUUGUUACUUCACCAUAUCCAGUGAUAUUAUCGUUUGAAAAUCAUUGCAGCAAAAAACAACAAUAUAAAUUGGCUAAAUAUUGUGAUGAAAUAUUGGGCGAUCUAUUGCUGAGAGAACCACUUAUAAACUUUCAUUUAGAACCAAGAAUACCCCUUCCUAGCCCUAAUGAUUUAAAGUAUAAAAUUGUGAUUAAAAAUAAACGACUGAAUCCUGAAGAUGAAAAAGUGGAAUUGGAACUUUGGAAAAAAGGUCAACUAGCACAGGAUGAAGAUGAAGAGAAUGAAGAUCCAUCGGCAAUCUUAACAACUGAAGAUAUCGCUUUAGACAAAAAGUUUAUAUCACAGGAAUAUGCUGAACCUGAACAAAUAGCAAUGGCCAAUUAUCGAUAUACGGGAGCUACGCAACACAUUCAUCCUUAUUUGUCUUCAUUGGUCAAUUAUGCACAGCCCAUUAAAUUUCAAGGAUUCGAUGUAGCUGAAGAAAGAGAAAUUUGUUAUCAUAUGUCUUCGUUUGCGGAAAACACUGCAUUAGGUUACCUCAAAACACAAGCCAUUGAAUUCGUCAACUACAACAAACGACAAUUGAGCAGAAUAUAUCCAAAAGGAACGAGAGCUGAUUCGAGCAAUUUUCUACCACAAGUAUUCUGGAAUGCUGGUUGCCAGAUGGUUGCAUUAAAUUUUCAGACACCCGAUUUACCUAUGCAAUUGAAUCAAGGAAAAUUUGAAUACAAUGGCGGCUGUGGUUAUCUUCUUAAACCGGAUUUUAUGAGAAGAAAAGAUAGAAUAUUCGAUCCGUUUGCUGAAUCACCUGUUGAUGGCGUUAUUGCCGCUCAAUGUUCCGUUAGGGUUAUUAGUGGACAAUUUUUGUCAGAUAAAAAGGUGGGCACCUAUGUUGAAGUCGAUAUGUAUGGAUUACCCACAGAUACAAUUAGAAAAGAAUUCCGUACAAGAAUGUUCCUGCAAAUGGCCUUAAUCCGGUCUAUAAUGAAGAACGUUUUGUAUUUCGCAAAGUUGUUCUCCCCGAUUUGGCUGUUCUACGUAUAGCUGUAUAUGAUGAAAAUGGCAAAAUGCUUGGCCAAAGAAUCUUACCAUUGGAUGGUACAAGCAGGCUAUAGACAUAUAUCGCUUCGGACUGAAGGAAAUUUUCCAAUGUCAUUACCAAUGUUGUUCAUUUGUAUUGAGCUUAAAAUCUACGUACCAGAUGGAUUAGGUGAUCUAAUGGAUGCACUUUCAGAUCCUCGAGCAUUUCUUUCUGCACAAGAAAAACGAAUUGCUCAAAUGAAAGCGAUGGGCAUUGAAGAAACGGAUAUUCAAAAUCUGGCUCUUAUUAAACAACAACGAGAUGAUGAAAUCCGACGAGAAGAAUACAAGAUUGAUAAUAUUACCAUCGAUAUGGUAAAAGAUGAUAAAUUCUAUGUUCGUAUCCUUCGUAAACUUAACAAGGAGAUGGAUAAUUUGAGAAAGAAACACCAGAAAGAACGGACACAAAUUCAAAAGAAUCAAUGUCUAGCUAUUGAAAAACUAAUGAAAACAGCCAAAAGUGUUGAUUGUGAUGAUAUGAGUCAAGAUCCGACCAUGAUGGAAUUAGUUAGACAGCAAAUUAAACAAUGGUCAGAGAUGAUCGAUCGACAUCAUCAAGAAGAAUGGGAAUUAUAUAAAACAAACACAAUAAGUGAAAGUAAAAUAUUGAGAAAAUUAUUUCAACAGCUUCAAAUUUUACAAGUCAAACAUCUAGAAACAUUAUUUGAAAAAGAAAAUAAAGAAAUGAAAGCUAAACAGGCAAAAAUUUCGGUAGAAACGGCAAAAGAAGUGGCCAAUGAUAAAACAUUGAGAAAUAAAGCCGAAAAAGAACGACGAUUAAAGGAGAAAAAUAGUAAUAAUACGAAAAAAUUUAUUGAAGAAAGAAAAGCAGCGGCCGUUCGACAGAAUAAAGAACGAGAAAAAAUAAAAAAGAUUCAUGAAAAACAAUGUCAGGACUUGGAAAAAUUCAUUGAAAAUAGAUUGGAGAUUUACAAGAACGAGCUUCUUGAAUAUGAAUUGGAAAGCAAAAUUCGGUUCUAUGCAUGAAAAAAAAUAUACAAUGUUGCAUAUAUGAAACAAAACAAGAUACAAUAAAAUAAUCAAAGUUUUGAUGGAUCACUGAA